AAAUACAAAAAAAAAACAAAUAGAUAGAAAAUUUAUCUAAAUAAGAGACUACUUUAGACAAUUAAAGUAAUAGAAACCUAAUAGAAAGAUAUUUGUAUUUAAUAAGGUUUUAGAUCUUAAAUUAUAUUUAUUUUAACAAAAAAUAAAAUACAUUUAUUUUUAACAGUUUAUUUGUUAAUGAUUUAAUAAAAUAAUUUAAGCAAUAUCUCUAUUUGCUAAAUACACAAUUAAGAAAUAUUAUGCGUGUUAAAUUGCUACAACUCUAAAAUACUUAAUCCAUUUUUAUGCAUAAAAUGCUUGAGCUAGCAUGAAGUUUCAGGGAACUAAUUUAUUCUCAUUCAGGAUGUUAAAAACCAUAAUCCUAAGGAGAUUUUGAAAAACUUUCCUCCACUAGAAAAAAAUGUGCAAGAAAAAAUUGAUGGAAUGAAAUAAAGAUUUGAAAAUGAUUAUAAAAAUCAAAUGAAUAAGUUUUUUGAUUUUGCUUAAGAAUUACAAUAAUAACUGAAAUAAUAUUUAGAUUAGCUUGAAAAACAAAUAAAUUCCCAUUUUGAAUAAAUUAUUAACAAAAUGGAUUAUCUUUAUGCUUAAUAUUCAAUCUUAUCUUAGGUAGAGCAUCUUUAGAAUAUUGUUAAUUUAAAUGAUAAUGAAAAAAAAAUUGCUGAAAUGAAUAUGCUACUUAAAUCAAUUAAUGAAAAGAAAAAAGAUAAUUCUAAAAAGCUUUUGGAGCUAUUUGAUGAAUUAGAAUAAUUGGUAGAUUAAAUAAAUGAUGAAAAACAAAUGGAGAUUUAAUAAAAAGCCGAAUAGUUUAUAAAGUCUUUAGACCUUUAUUAGAUAAAAAACAAUGAUUAAAAUAUUUAAAAAAGUUAAAAUUUUUAUGAAAAACUGAAUGAUAAAACAAAUUUAAAAUUAUCGGCUAAAUAAAUAUCUGAUAAUGUACUACUUGAUCCCAAAAAGUUAAAUCAAAGCAAUAUUUUGCUUAAUAAUUAACCUAAUUUAAUUAAUAAUAAUAACUAUAUAGAAAUUGAAUCAACUAAUAAUAAUUAUUAUGAUGAGCAUGAAAUAAUAGGAAAUAUUUAAUUUUAUGAAUCUAGAGAUGAAGACAACAUAGAAAUAACAAGAACUAAAAACUCAAUCCAAAUUAAAAAUAAAGCUAAUCAAGAUUCUAAAUCGUAUUGCAAACUAGAAUUAUAAAAAUUCAAAUAUAAAAUAUCAUUUUAAUAUCACCCAUUACACUCAGGCGCCAAAUUUUAAAUGGGAAUAGUUUAAAAUCUAUAAAAGCAUAAGUUAAUAGAAAAAUAAUCAAAAGAUACAAACGUUUAAAAAUUUGAGUUAAUAUUAGAUAGUUAAGAUAAGAUAUUUACUUUAUAGAAUACUUAUGAAAGGUAGAAGUAAAAUUUAAACAUAAAAAUAAAUAAAAAAAAUUAAUAUUUAAUUCUGCAGUUAAAUGAAAAGAGGGAGUAAAUUUAGUUUACCUCAUUUAAAUAAUAAAGAAUUGGCUGA